AUCUUCCCAGUAUGAAUCCCCAGUCACUUUGGAGUGGAGCCUCUUUCUAUAAAGGGCGAUUAGUAUCUGAGCUCAAACUUUGCUACCAAGUUAGUAACUUUCUCCAUCUGCAGACAUGUGCACUGGAAAAUGUUCCCGCUGCAUUGCUAUUACUCUGUACCCACUAGUAGUCAUAUCUAUCAUCUGUAACAUCGUGCUGUUCUUCCCUGAUGGGGACGUCAGCUAUGCCAAAGACGGACAUAUUACCGAGGAGGUGAAAUACAUGGGGGGACUCAUUGGAGGGGGCAUACUGGUGUUGCUACCAGCACUGUACAUUCAUUUAACUGGCAAAGAGGGUUGCUGUGGAAAUCGCUGUGGGAUGUUCUUAUCAAUUGCAUUUGCUGCAGUGGGUGUUGCAGGAGGCCUGUACAGUAUAAUUGUUGCAGUACUUGGCUUGCAGAAUGGGCCUCUCUGCAAAACCGUACUGGUCUGGACAACGCCUUUUAAAGAACUCACAGGUGACAACAACUACCUGCAGAACGAUAAAUUAUGGAGCUUGUGCACAGAGCCUAAGAACAUUGUGCAGUUUAACCUUGGACUGUUCGGCACUCUGCUGGCCACAAGCUGCCUGCAGGUGAUCCUCUGUGCCAUACAGAUGAUCAACGGUCUCUUCGGCUGUCUGUGUGGAACCUGCAAUAAGGAAGCUCAGAUCGCCUAAAAAAAUGUAUAAAUAAAAAACAUUUAAAAAAGAGAGUUUCUGACAGUUGAUGGGCGCCCCCUGCUGGAUGAAUGACGAUAAACUUCAUGUCUGCAUCUGCAUAAAACAUUCUCUUUGAAGUUGUACUGUUUAACAAAAUAACUUUUUAUGUAUUUAAUACUUCAUAUAUUAACAGAAAA